CGCGUGCUCUCAUGAUGCUGCGAGUUGAUUGGUGCCAAAUUCGCACGACUGACUCUCCCACACGGGCUCACUCACUCAUUCAGUCAGAGUUGGCCGGACUACCUGCCUCACACGAGUGGACCCCACCUGAGGUGGUCCACGAUGCUGCGCGAUGAUGGCAAUAUUGGGCGCGCUUUUACGUCCCUUGCGCACAUUUAGGAGCCACCGGGAGGUGUGAGUUCGCCCCAAACCCACCACGACCACCACCAUGGACUGUCUGCUUCUUAUCAUUUGGACUCUACCCUUGCCGCUGGUCGGCUGUGCCCCAGUGCGGCUGCUCUCUACCUUGCUGACCUGGAGCCUCAUCAAGACACUGCACAUAUGCUGCACGCACGCCUCCCUGCACAGUGUGUCAACCAACUACUUUUCUUCUUCUUCCUCCUCCUCCAGCAGCCACGGGUUAAAUCAUGACUACGCCUUUGCCACCCCGGUGGAGGUGGACGCUCAGGGCCAAUACCUGAGCCACGAUGUGAGCCGGCGGGGCCGUCGCAGCAGGAGGUCCGCGUCCCAGUCCUCUUCCGUGCAUUACCGCCUCUCUGUCUUCGGCCGGGACCUGCAUCUGGACCUGCGGCCGUCGUCAGUGGUCGGCCCGGGUUUCACGGUGCAGACGUUGGGCUCGGACGGCAUCGCCACGGUAACCAGAGGUGACGGGUACCACGACUGCUUCUAUCAAGGAUCUAUCCGGGACCUGUCGUCCUCCUCGGCGGCUAUAUCGACGUGCUCGGGGCUGUCAGGUUUAAUUCGUGUUUCCGAGCACGACUACUUGAUCUCGCCUCUACCUCAGCAUUUGGCAAAACGUCACAACUACAGCGCACCCGACGGUCACCAUCCGCACGUCGUCUACAAACGCUCCGCCGAGCACGUGGUCCGACAACAAGCCGGCGACCCGUCCGGUUUCGAACCGUCCACGUGGCACCGGGACCACCAUCAACAGCAGGACGACCAAAACGGGCACUCAGAAAGGCAACACUUCUGUGGGCGCCGCAAGCAAUACACUCCAAAACCACCCGUUGAGGAGCCUUUCCUGAUGCCAGAUGAGUUUGCCACGACUGACGAAGAGGGCCCGGGAAGGCCAAAGCGAUCGCCUAUCGACUCCAACCGGGUGGGAGGUCUGAAUGUGGAGACCCUGGUGGUGGCCGAUAGGAAGAUGCUGGAGAAACAUGGCCGGGAGAACGUUACCACUUAUGUCCUCACUGUCAUGAAUAUGGUUUCCAGUCUGUUCAAAGACGGCACCAUCGGGACAGACAUCAACAUUGUGGUAGUUAGCUUAUUGCUACUGGAACAGGACCCGCUGGGCCUGAGCAUCAAUCAUCAUGCCGACCAGUCGCUCAACAGUUUCUGCCAGUGGCAAUCGGGAUUGGUGGGCAAGAGCGGGAAGCGGCACGACCACGCCAUUCUCCUCACCGGGCUGGACAUCUGCUCCUGGAAGAACGAGCCCUGCGACACCCUGGGUUUUGCUCCAAUCAGCGGCAUGUGCAGCAAAUACCGGAGCUGCACCAUCAAUGAGGACACGGGACUGGGAUUGGCGUUCACCAUUGCUCACGAAUCCGGACACAAUUUCGGGAUGAUACAUGACGGUGAGGGAAACCCCUGUCGCAAAACCGAGGGCAACAUCAUGUCCCCCACCCUUGCCGGUAACAACGGAGUCUUCUCUUGGUCCAUCUGCAGCCGCCAGUACCUGAACCGCUUCCUUGGGACGACUCAAGCAUCCUGCCUGGUGGACGAGCCCAAGCAGAUCGGUCAGUACAAAUAUCCCGAGAAGCUUCCCGGCCAGCUGUACGACGCCGACACGCAGUGCAAGUGGCAAUUCGGCGCCAAGGCAACAUUAUGCAGUCUUGACUUUGUUAAGGACAUCUGCAAGUCACUGUGGUGUCACCGCACGGGCCAACGAUGCGAGACCAAGUUCAUGCCUGCCGCCGAGGGCACCAGCUGCGGGCCCGACAUGUGGUGUUGGCGAGGCCAGUGUGUCAAAUACGGGGAGCACGGCCCCAAGGCGGUUCAUGGCCAGUGGUCGCCCUGGUCCCAGUGGUCGGAAUGUUCCAGAACGUGCGGAGGCGGGGUCAUGUACAGGGAGCGCUCCUGCACCAGUCCACGGCCCCAGCAUAAUGGCAAGUUCUGCUACGGCCCCGGCCGCCACAACCAGCUGUGCAACACUCGAGCGUGUUCGCACAACAGCGUGGACUUCCGCACGCAGCAGUGCGCCGAACACAACAGCAAACCCUUCAGGGGCUGGUACUACAAGUGGAAGCCGUACACCAAAGUAGACGAUGAAGACGUCUGUAAAUUGUACUGCACUGCCGAGAGCUUUGAUUUCUUCUUCGCCAUGUCCAGCAAAGUCAAAGACGGCACCUCCUGCUCCGACCACAGAGGCGAUGUUUGUAUUGAUGGAGUGUGUGAGACGGUUGGUUGCGAUCAGAUUUUAGGAUCCAAGGCCUCUCUGGAUGCUUGCGGCGUAUGUAAGGGAAGCAACUCCACAUGUAAAUUCUACAAAGGCACGUACACGCUGCAGCAUAGAGCUAACGAGUACUAUUCAAUGGUAACCAUCCCGGCGGGUGCUCGUAGCAUUCGCGUGGAGGAGAUGGCGGGGUCUACCAGCUAUCUGGCAGUGCGUUCCAUCAAGAGGAAAUACUACCUGACCGGCGAUUGGACGGUGGACUGGCCGGGCAAGUUCCACUUUGGAGGGGCAACGUUCAGCUAUCAGCGCUCUUUUAGCAAACCCGAGAGCCUGUACGCCGCCGGACCCACCAAUGAAACGCUGGUGUUUGAAAUCCUCCUGCAAGGAAAAAAUCCAGGUGUGGUUUGGGAGUACACGCUGCCUCGUACUGAAAGGAAGCCCGACUACAGCUGGGGUGUGGUGCGUUCCGACUGUUCUGCUCCCUGCGCCGGAGGUCGCAUUUCCACCAAGGCUAUUUGCCUGCAGGACCAGAAAGUUCACGUCAACGCCACCAUGUGCAAUCCGCUCACGAGACCCACGUUGGGCUCGCACCUCUGCAAUACGCAGCCCUGCCCUGCUUACUGGUGGACUGGAGAGUGGGCGGCGUGCAGUCGCUCGUGCGGCGGAGGCCAGCAGAGCAGGACGCUACGCUGCAUGAGGAAAGUGACCUACCAAAGGGAGGAGGCGGCGGCGCAUUCCCUCUGCCCCGUCGUCUCACCGGCGCAACUCCGGCCCUGCAACACGCAGGCCUGCCCGCCCGGGUGGAACGCCGGAGCCUGGUCGCAGUGUUCCAAGAGUUGCGGCCGCGGACUGAGGAAACGAAGCGUGUUCUGCCAAAGCGGCGACGCCGGGUUGGCGGCCGUGGUGCCCGACAGCAUGUGCAGACACAACGAGCGACCCAAAGCCCAGGAGAGCUGCGUCCUGCGCCGCUGCCCAAAGAACGACAGGCUCCAGUGGACACCCACGUCGUGGGGAGAGUGCUCCAGGUCAUGCGGUCCUGGCCUGCAAAAGCGAGAACUCCGGUGUGGGGAGAAAGAUAUCCAGGGAGGGUUUGUGGAGUUUCCCGCAAGGAGGUGCAGGAACCUCGCCAAACCCUUGGCGGAUCUCCAGCAGGUUUGCGAUCGAGGUCCCUGCCCCGAAUUAGCCCGGGUCCAGCAGGGCAGGACCGUCCCCGGUGCUGCGGUGUCAAGCUGGUACUCAUCUCCAUGGCAGCAGUGCUCCGUGUCCUGCGGUGGGGGUGUCCAGACCCGCGGCGUCCAGUGUCUGCUUCAGGGACGGGCGGCCAGCGGCUGCGUGGCCCACCAGCGACCAGUUGCUACCCGGGCCUGCAACACUCAGUUCUGCCCUCGAGCCGCCCCGCUGCCACAACACCACAAUCGUGUCACAGCCGUCGGGACCACAAUAAGAGGCGAGCCACCGUGCGUGGACCGCUUCAGCUGGUGCCACCUGGUCCCCCAGCACGGCGUCUGCGGCCACAAAUUCUAUGGAGACCAGUGCUGUCGCUCUUGCACGGGCAGGAGGCUCUAGAGCUCCCCCUACUGAAGAAGGAAAAGAACCCGAAACCCUCCCCUCCCUUGAGACUUUUAGAACUCUCCGAACACAUAAAACUGCACCGGACAGACUGUGUUUGUUCUUCCUGGAGUACUUGACCAAUGAACUGAGU